UUUUUUACACAAUGUUAUAUUUAUCAAGUUUAAAUAUUUAACAUCCUGCUAUAUGUGAUUGAUUUAACUACUAUCUUUAUUUAUCCCCCUAAGUUUCUCUUGAUCUCCGACCCCUAUUAAAAGUACGUUGAACUACAGUCGCCUUAAGGUAUGAUAUAAUGCUAGUUCUUGGCCGUAUAAGUUAUAACAGCAUCAUAAAGGCUCUAAGAGUCUUAUUAUCUAAUAAGCAUACGGCUUUCCACGAAGACGGAAAAGCUGAGGCCACAUCGAGUAUCACAUUGAGUAGUACCACAACCAGAAUAAGCAAUUACGAUUCAGUCACUUGUCAGUCAGUGUAAGUACACAGGUGGUGAGAAAAUCAUUCAAGAACAAAGUGAAAAAAGCCCUCCUUAUCUUUCGAGUAGUCACCGUUGAAACUAUGCCUUUGUCCCUAACACCCCAAAUACUGACUAGCUGGUCCUCGAGGUUUGAAGAACAAAGGGUCCAAUUGAUCUCCGUUUUACUCAAGUAGCACACCAAACGGAAAUUAUCGUGUUGAUAUUCAAUAAAGUGAACCGGAUCUCUGCCUUCUCGUGCCUAAACUACCAAGCACCUUAAGCUAUCACAAACUACGAUUUCGAGAGAAACUAAGCCGAAAGAUAGAAAAAUACCAAUGGACAACCUAAAUGACCUCCUAGAUGAGCAUAUCUCGAGAGAGAAGCGGAGGUUUGUCGCAUUUGGCAUCGGCACAUCUUACUUCAAUAAUAGUCUCGCGGUGCGCGAUGCUGCGCAGGACUGGACUAUCGUGUCGAUAUACAUAGAUGGGGUCAUAGGCAAGAGCAGGGCUAUCGAAGUACUCAGGCAAUUAGAAGACGAUAUCGACAGAUGGCUCUCGCCAAGCCAAAAGCCAGAGAGAUUGGCGUUCUACCUGGAGGAUAACUCUAACCGCGCAUAUUCGGCGAAGUCUUACAGGAUCCGGGGGAGAUUGUCUCCCGGGGACCUCAGUCGGAUGGGAGUGGUGUCGACGGCGGAAGAUGGAGAUAAGACGCCCCCAGCAACGCCACGAUCGGAGGUGGAAGAUACGGCGAGGAAGGACGUUGAAGAGAUCGAAUUGUAGGUGAGAACGGAAUCACAGAGUUAUAAUCGUUUUCUUCGCACGGGGGCUUGCGACAUUGCACUACUCCGUAACAAGCAACUGUGAUGUUAUCAUCGAUUUCCUGUUCUAGAUAAUAAGGC